GAUAUGCCUCUCCAGUCCCUGUAUACCAUGGUCAUGGAGCAUGACAUAAAGGCAGGGAACGUAGCCAUCGAUACAGCUGGAACAUUGCAUCUGAGAGAAUAUUAUCAGCCUCUUUUGGCCAAAAAAAAUGAAAUUGAGAAAUGGCGGAAGGAAUUCAAAGAUCAGUGGCAGAAAGAACAGAAAAGGAUGAACGAUUCCUUGUCUUCGAUGCGCAAAUCUCGCCUCCAUUACCUCCAGCGCUGUGAGGAUUUGGAAAAAGCCAAAGUGCAAAGUGCCAAAGCCGAAGAAGAGUUCCAGGCUAUCACAAGUAGUGGAAACAAGCAAUUGGAAAAACGACGGCGUUAUCGGGAUGAGGCUCAGUUAAAGGUUCAGGAAUCAGAAGUCGUAUAUAGAAGCUGUGUUUCUGAAUCCAACAAUCGUUGUCUCGAACUGAAAAAAGUCAGAGAGAGAAUUAUCUCUCACAUUCGCAAGCUAAUGUAUCAAGGAGAUGAAAUGCUGGUGAGGGUGUCCUUGAGGAUGUUCAAGCUCCAGCAAGCUCAAGCAGAACGGAUCCCUGUAGGAUACCAGAACUUGACUGAAUUCUGCAAGCCUUACAAGAUUGGUGAAAAAUAUCUGGAAUUUAUUCAAAAACUGCCAAAAAAAGAGCUUCCCAUUGAAGUGUACAGAUUUAAAGAAUUUGUAUCAGCAGGGCAGAGAAGAAAAAAUAUUGCACCUUGUGCUCGAAUUUAUUCAUCGGCUGCUGACCUCAGCAACUCAUCAGAAGAAACUCCCGGAAAGCCAUCUUCCUCAAGCAGUGAGCAAAGUCCUCACCAAUCUUUCUACAGUGACACGGAGAGUUUGGGAGGGAGCACUGAAUGCCAAAGCUUGGAUUCACCCACAUCUAGCCCAGGGCACAAGAAGUUGCUGAAAGCUCCAUCCACUGGAACGGUAUCCUCUUCAGAAGACUGUGAAGACAAAGAUUUGAUACAAGCCUAUGACAAUGAUCUAAAUGAUGUUGCAUCUGAAAAUGGCUUGUCCCAUUAUCAGUUUAAAAAAACAAUCCUGUCAAGUGCUGCUCAGACUCAUCGGCUGAGAAAACUGAGGGGGCCUUCAAAAUGCAGAGAGUGUGAGAACUUCAUGGUCAAUGGUAUCGAAUGUGAAGAAUGCCUGUUAACCUGCCAUAAAAAAUGUCUGGAGACCCUUCUCAUCAAUUGUGGUCAUCAAAAACUGCCAGCCCGGGCAUCGCUAUUUGGAAUUGACUUCAGUGAUGUGCCAAGGGAUUUCCCCGAGGAGGUGCCAUUUAUUGUGAUGAAAUGUACAUCAGAGAUAGAAACUCGUGCCUUGGGAGUGCAGGGAAUAUAUCGCAUUAGUGGGGCGAAAGCACGCAUGGAGAGAUUGUGCCAAGCCUUUGAGAAUGGACGAAGGUUGGUGGAGCUGUCAGAACAUUCACCCCAUGACAUCACCGGAGUCCUUAAACAUUUCCUUAAGGAGCUUUCCAGCCCUGUCCUUCCAUUUAAACUUUAUGAAGAUUUCAUGGCUUUCUCAAGAAAUUUGCAGAAAAGUGGGGCUAGUUCUGAGACAGAUCCCAUCAAGACCGCCAAGGAUUUGCUGAGCAAAUUACCAGCAACAAAUUAUAAUACUAUAAGGCAUCUUAUUGCUCAUCUGUACAGGGUGGCCGAAAACUAUCAGGAGAACAAGAUGUCCCCCAACAACCUAGGCAUCAUCUUUGGCCCUACUCUAAUCCGGCCUCCCUGUAAUAAUGAUGUGUCCAUGUCAUGCCUGGUGGAUUCAGGAUACCAGUCCCAGCUGGUUGAAUUUCUUAUCCUGAACUAUGAAAAGAUAUUUGGGAUGGAUGACCUGCCUUCAGCUGGACUCUGUGACUGUGAAAACUCUUUGAAACAGGCAAAUACUAAUGAAGUUCUUUCAAGCAAUCAAAGACUUUCCAAUGCAUCUCUUGAGAGCUCUGCCUCCAAGGUAUGUUUGGGUGAAGAUGAUUGUAGAAGUGUGGACAGUUCCUUCAUUGAGGUCAAGCAGAAAGACAGCGAGGAGCAAACUGUCAACCCCGUAGAGCUGAACAGGACAAAUGACAUAGAACUGCAAGACUUUAUACUUGAUCCAGAAGCUACUCUCAACCCACAAUCCAGGGGACGCUUCAACCGGAUGCCAAUAAAACAUACCCGUACCAUCAUCCCCCGAGUUUCCAGUCUGCCCCUGCUGGCUGCUGUUUUGUCUAAUUCAGAGGCAGCCGGUAGCCGCUUGGAGGCAAGUCCAAGUAGACGCAGUGCCUCACCUGAUACCUCUGGAAAGCGUAAACAUUUUGAGAUCACACCAGAAACUGCUAGGAUUGUCUCCAAGCUGCAGACUCAAAAUGGAACAGAAGAUUAUUAUCAAGCUCAGCUUGGGGCAGCUCUCCAGGAAAAGCCUCUGGAUGCAGUGGUAGAAAAUAAGACUGAAUCCCGAGCUAAAAUAUUGCUUGGGAAAUGAACUGGGCAAAGGACUAAAAGAUAUUCUGAAAUGCAUACAUCACAAAACAUCAGGGCUCUGUAGUGUAUUUGGAGAACAAACAAACCAGCCCUGACUAAGUCUAAGAGGAAUAGGACUGUUUCCAAAGAAAAGGGUGAACUAGAACUGAGUCGCUGAGAUACUAGAAACUAUAAACCCAGUGAAGCAGACUUUCAAAAGGGGAAUAUUACUGCAAAGGCACUGUGGGGAAGCAAAACAUUCCUAGGGAAAGUGGCAGGAAUUUUGCAGAAAUGGACAGAGAGCCAUGGAAACAACUGUUCCCAAUGGCCAGAUGGUAAGAGCAUUCAAGAUGGUACAGGGUUAUGUUUGACAAGGAUAAUGUGACUGUGUUGAAACCACAUGAUGGAAGUUUUGAUCAGAUUACUAUCUGCAAAAAUGUAUCCCGAAUGUUUAAAAUGAUCAAAAUGAUCACCAAAGAAAGAUAAAUUCUAUGUAAAUGUGUGCAAAAAAACCCUCUUUUGAAAUCUUGAAAUGCCAUUUCUCUAGCUUCUGAGCAGCAACAUGUUUAGGCAUUAUCAAUCCUGGAAAUGUACUUGUUUUUUAAAAAAAUGAAAUUUAUUUUUGGGAAGCUGAGUU